AUGGAUGAGCCCCUCCUGGGUGCCCGAAAUCUCCGCAGCCCUCGUGGAACGUUCCAGCGCUUCCAGCGAAGCCGGGACCUUCUCUUUCGCAGGCUUGGACCGCUGGUGUCCAAGGGCCUUGAACUGGAGGAUCUCUGGAGAUGUGAGGUGGAUGUGGUUGCUGCAGAUGCACUGCUUCAAGAGAAGUUGAAGGAGAGGUCCCAGACUCUCACGACGGAACGUGGCUUGCCCAAGCUUGUCAGAGUGCUGUGGUCCGCUUAUUGGCCUCAGAUGCUUCCGGCCAGUCUCUUCAAACUGGCCGCUGACAUGCUCCGCUACGUACCUGCCUACCUCUUGUCUGAAUUUUUGGAUCUCAUGGAAUCUCAUGAGGAUGAGGCAGGGGCCCUGGCGCUGCUGGCCUUGCUGUUGCCGCUGGCAACUCUGGCGCAGGCUGUCUUGGUGAACCAAUACUUCUGGCAUUCUCUGCGCCUAGGCGCUAUCAUCCGGUCGGCCUUGGCUGCGGCGCUCUUUCGACAGACGCAUCCUUGA